CUUUCCUCUGUAGAUUAUAUCAAUGGCACCACAACCAAAACGACAAAAGAACGAUCGUGACCACGACAAGAAACCAAUCAAGGAUGAUGAAGAGAAGAAAUUGGAAUCCUUAUUAUUUGGUGGAUCAGAAGAAUUAUGGAACGCUACCGGACGAGAAUUGGAAUUACCUAUGGAAGACAACAACGACGACGAGACAACUAAUUUAGACGGUGACGCAAGUGACGAUCAGGAGGAGGCCUUCUUUUUUGAUGCAGGACCUGGCUUCGAUAAUGACAAUAACGAAUCAACAACGAUGAAUGACGAAAUAGACUACGAGGCUUCUGAUAAAAGUGAUAAUGAAGGCAGUAGUAGUGAAAAUAGUGAAGAAGAAUUGGAUGACGAUGAUCAAGUAAUAUAUCAAGGCAAGGCCGCAUGGCAAGACGAAGAUGACAAUCUCUUGGAAAUUUCUUUGAAAGGUACCAAUCGUUUAAGGAAACUACGCAAAAAUGAAGAAGAAGAUGUGAUCUCUGGUAAAGAAUAUGAACGUAGGCUUCGAACACAAUUCAAUAAAAUGUAUCCACCUCCGGAAUGGGCUCAACUUCCUUCCGAAAAGAAAUUGCAAUCAAAGAAACGUAAAGGUAUGGAAAGUGACUCUGAAGAUGACUACUCGAUGGAUGAAGGAUCUAAGUUGGAUGAAGAAGAACGUUUGGAUUUAUUGAAAAGUACCCUUGGGAUUUUGGAAACACGCAAAUCGUCUACCAUCUUAUCACCUGAUCAUGUAUCCAUUGUUCGCAUGAAAGAUGCAAACAUUAUGGCCCCAAGUUCGAAACAAAUCACUGCCCUCCAAUUCCAUCCAAAUGCUCAAGUAUUAUUGACAGCAGGAUUAGAUCGAGCAUUACGACUAUUCCAAAUUGAUGGUAAAGUCAAUCACAAGAUUCAAUCAGUACAUUUCAAGGAUACUCCUAUUUAUGGUGCACAAUUCCAUCCUGGAGGUGAUAAUAUCAUUGUUACUGGUCGUCGACCUUUUAUUUAUAUCUAUGAUGUCCAAUCUGGUUCUAUCAACAAAUCACCUGGUAUUUGGGGUAGAGAAGAAACAAGUUGGGAGAAGUUCUCCUUCAGUCCUUGUGGUCAAUAUAUCGCAUUCCUUGGUACCAAUGGUAAUAUUGUUCUGGUCAGUUAUCUUACAAUGCAAUGGAUCGCAAACUUUAGAAUGAAUGGUCAAGUCUCUUGUGUCUCUUGGUCUGCCGAUAGUAAAUACUUAUAUAGUUCGGGUGUUCAAGGUGAAAUAUAUCAAUGGGAUGUUGCACAACGUGAAUGUGUUCAUAAAUGGGUGGAUGAUGGAUCUCUUGGAACAACAACUCUUGCUGUCAGUCCUAAUGAAAAAUAUUAUGCCGCAGGAUCCACUUCUGGAAUUGUCAAUAUAUAUGAUGAAUCAGCACUUUCAAGGGAAAUAACACGACCAACUCCUUAUAAAUCAAUCGGCAAUCUUACAACACGCAUUACAAAUAUGAAAUUCAACUAUGAUUCACAAUUAUUAGCUAUUGCCAGCUCGGACAAGAAGGACGCUUUGAAAUUGGUACAUCCACCAACUGGUCGUGUAGUGGUAAAUUGGCCAACAGAAAGAACACCUCUGAAUCGUGUAUCAGCCAUGGAUUUCUCUCCUAGUAGUGAAUACUUUACAGUAGGCACAAAACGAGGUCGUGUAUUACUUUUUAACAUCAAGGAUUAUUCCCUCAAUUAGAAUUUAGAAUCCCCUCUUUUUCAGUUGAUACUUUUUGUAACCUUGUCCACUUCUUAUUCAAUUUUUCUGCACACUCAUAUACAUAUUUUCAUCAUUAUUAUUUUUUUUUUGUUAAUUCAUCAUUCAUAAUAAAUGUAUUAUCUUG